AUGGCCGACGUCAGAUCACUACUCCGCAAUGAGUUAGCUUCGCGCAAGGGUACAUCCCAACCAAACACGACCGGAAACCGAGUCACAAAGAAGCGCAAGGUCGACAGCUCAGAUGGUGUGGUUCGCAAGAAGCUGCGCGCAACAGAAUUGGAUGCCUUCCAGUCUGCAUCAGACGCACCGAGCACCGAGCAGACGACCGCAGAUGAAGGCUCGGAGCAAAUUGAGGACGAUGUUGCGGGCCCAGAACCUCCCCUUGAUGAAGACCAGGCAACUUCUCCAUCAGUCACAAAUCUUGCCGAGCAACAAAAAUCCACAACAGAACAACAACCCCAACCUACAUCGGUCGAUGAGGAUGAAUGGGCUGCAUUCGAGCGCGAGGUCGCCGAGCCCUCGCGUGCACCUCAAGCACCUGCCGCCAUAGUAGCGGAGGCCACAAUCUCCGCCGCACCUAUUACAGCCGAGGAAAUCGCCGCACAGCAAAAGAAAGCGAAGGAAUCGGCGGCCCGUUCUCGGGAAGCAGAGUUGGAAGGCGAGCGGGAGGAUGCGGCGCGGUUGAUGGAAGAGGAGUUUGACGAAAUGGAGCAAUUGGAGGAGCGGGUUCGAAGACUCAAGCAACAACGCGAGGCGCUACGGAAGACUCGGGCUGAGGAUCAAACGCCUACUGAGCCUGAGCCUGCGCCUGGCUUAGAGCAAGAAGAAGCCGAGAGCGAGAGCGAAGAUGGCGACGAUGAUGAGGAAUGGGAUGAGUGGAGAUUCAAGUGA